AUGUCCAGCUUAAAAGUCGAUAAAGGUUUCCGAUUAGUAAUCAUUGGUGCUGGACCUACUGCUAUCGGUAUGCUGCAUCGUAUUUAUUCAUUGAUAACAGAAGGAACCAUAUCGGAAGAGGAUAUACAGGUCGUUGUUUUGGAAAAAGAAGAUGAAGUUGGUGGUUUGGCAAGAUCAGUAACCGAUGAGAAAGGAUUUACGUGGGAUUUAGGUGUACAUGUUUUGGGUGUAUCAAAGUAUCACGAAUUCGAGGAAGUUAUCAAUUCUGCUGUGAAUAAAUGGAAUAAAGUUAGGCGUUCUGUCAAGGCCGAUUUAGCUCAUCUUUUCAAAAGCGAUAAUCCAUACAGCAACUAUGUACCCUAUCCUGUUCAACACUCUAUUCCUUAUUUCCCACCCAUUAUUAGGCAAAAAUGCAUCAGUGAAUUGAAAGAUCUGCAAGGCUUACCCAUGAGCUGUUCGAAUUUUGCAGAAUACAGUGCAAAUAUAUUUGGGAGUACAUUACUGGAUAUUUUUAUUAGACCAUACAAUCGUAAGAUCACUGUGUUUGUUUCGAUAUGGACAGUGGAGCUGGAAGAAAUGAACGCAUUUUGGGCAAGGAGUCGAGUACCAACUAUUGAUUUAUCUAAUAUUGAAUUACGUUGUGGACGAAGCCUGCAAGAACUUGACGAUGAUCUUAGUUCAUCUAUGACAUGUUUCAGAUAUCCAAGAGAUUACAAAGGUGUGGGCAAAAUUUGGGAAAAAAUUGCUCGACGAUAUCCGGAAUCCAUUUUUCAUUUUAAAGAAAAAGUGCGAGGGAUCGAUAUUAGAGCAAAAAAGGUAAUUACCGAAGAUUUAAAUAGUGGAACACAUUCAUAUGAUUAUAAUGCUGUGCUGUCUACCUUACCGAUUCCUGAAUUAUCGACGAUCUCCACAGUAAUUAGCGAUGUUAACUUAAAAUAUUCCAAGGUAAUCCUUGUUGGCCUUGGUUUGAAGCAUCCACAAUGCGAAUGGACUCAACUUGUGACGUGGGCGUAUUUUCCAUUACCUGAUACUAUUUUUUAUAGGUGUACCUUCUUGUCCAACUUCAGCGAUAAUUUGACACCAGAUUGCAAUCAGUUCUGGUCAGUUCUAUGUGAAAUUGGAUUGGAAGCUGAUGCAGAUUUCCUCGAGGACGAAGUUAUAGUUAAAGUAAUUGAAGGUUUGAAGCUUAAAGGUAUAAUAGUCGAUAACAAUGAGAUUGUUGACAAAUGGCUGUAUAUUUUGCCGUAUGGAUACCCUAUUCCAACUGUUAACAGAGACGAAGAGUUACAACGCUGUCAUGAAGCGUUUCAAGCGCACAAUAUUUAUUCUCGUGGACGAUUCGGUGGUUGGAAGUAUGAAAUAUCGAAUCAGGACCAUUGUUUCAUGAUGGGCAUGCAGUGCGCAGACCUCAUUCUUUUUAAAGUUAAGGAAACAUUGUACACUUUUUAA